CUCCAAGCUGCGCCACAACUUUCACGAAUCCAUGACCAGGUUUCUUGGUUACAAGUCGUCGUGGUCAGUGACCUCACCAGCGAAAGGGACCCCUCUCAAUUUUGGAAUGGCAUAUCUUUCUUAAUACAUCAAUUUGUCGGCGACAAUUUAUCAUUAUGACUUUAUGAGGGACGGGUGACGACACAAACACCAGACAUGCCUGGCAACAAACCAUCAUUUGGGCCGCGCCCUCGGAAAUCUGAAUUGGCCUUUGGCAGGUCAAGGCAGAAAUACAGAUCGGCGCGGGCAUUCUUCAUCUCAAUCCUGAUUAUAUCAUGUCUUACGAUUGGGAGUCUUUUGUUGCGCCGCGAUUCGCUCAGCUGGUCUGAAGUUUCAUUGAAACAGCGGGGAGAGGAGCUCUCUGGGCUUGGAGCUGGUCGCCGUCUAGGACAAGACCUGGAGUGUCGAAACGUUCACCAUGCAAAAGACCAGUGUGCCUACGUUCGCGCAAAUUGCCCAGAUGAAGAAGCUGGAUUGAUUUCAUAUCUGUCACUCUAUUACUGCAGACUUUCCCAUGCGAAGCCAGUUGCGUUUAUUAUUAUGUUACUCUGGCUGGGCCUGCUUUUCAGUACAAUUGGCAUAGCUGCCAGCGACUUUUUCUGCAUCAAUCUCAGUACAAUUGCGACCAUCCUAGGCAUGACGGAGAGUAUGGCGGGCGUAACCUUUUUGGCCUUUGGGAAUGGAAGCCCGGAUGUUUUUUCAACCUUUGCCGCGAUGAGCACGCAUAGUGGGAGUUUGGCCAUUGGGGAGCUGAUAGGGGCAGCUGGCUUCAUCACCGCGGUAGUGGCAGGUUCCAUGGCAUUGGUGCGACCUUUCAGAGUUUCCCGGCGAAGCUUCGUGAGAGAUGUUGGAUUUUUCAUCGUCGCGGCAAGCUUCAGCAUGGUAUUUCUUGCGGAUGGCAGCCUUCACCUGUGGGAAUGCGGCGUGAUGGUCGGCUUUUACGUCUUUUAUGUCGCCAGCGUGAUGCUUUCACAUUGGUGGAUUGCGCGGCGCCGUCGUCGCCGGGAGAGAAUAUCUGCUGCGAGAUCCUCUUUUGCUGUGCCUGGCCAUGGUCUCGAGGAGAUACAUGAAGAACCGGAAGCGGAAGAAGAAGAGGAGGAUACAAGGAGUGCCGAGCGUAGAAGUCUUUUGCCGCCAGGCUCUAGAGGUUCGACAGAUGACUUUGGCGCGCUAGAACGCGGGAACACCCCUCCGUCUCAGCCAAGCUUUGAGGAAGAGGACGAAGACGUACAAGAUCGGUGGCUUGCAGAACUAAACAAUAAUAUGCGUCUUAAUCGACCUCCAAGGGGGCCUCGACGGAACACUAUUACCCCGAUCCGUCCAAGUCUAUUUGGCGCCUUGGAAUUUCGAACAGUACUCUCAUCACUGAAUCGCUCGCGAAACUUUCCAGCGUCGCCCAUGAACUUUCGUCGAUUUUCUGACGCCUCAGAUGAGGAAUCGGAAAACGCUGGCUAUGGCGCAACGCUCACCGUUCCGGGUCAAGUCCAGAGUGCCGUCGAGCCAGAUACUACGAGGAACAGAUUAUCCCAUGUGGAAGAUUCGCCGAAUCGAAGACGCUCUGCGUCUACCAACACCGCUACAAAUACACAAGCUGAUGUUCCUAGGAUUGAGAUUCAUCGCAACAGCUCUGUACCAGGAAUUGGCAUUCAUUCGCCAUCUCCACCCCAUCAAUGGCAAGGCCAAGUGUCAGAAACGGGUGAUUCAACAGUUGAGUCGGCCCAGCCAUCAUCACCCGCUGUUCCACCGUCACCCGUAAUCUCAAUCUCUCCGCCGCCAUCCGAGCGUCAUAUCAGAAUUGAGACCCCUCGGCGAUCGCGGGACCGAACGCCGCGAGAAACAACAGCGUCUCCAGAGCAUUUACAUCCAUCACACCAUGACCCCUUUGCCAGCUUUCAGAGAAGACAUCAUUCGCCACCAUCGUCACCCGAAUCAGGAGAUAUCUCGCCUCGCACAUCCCCAAAAGGGUCGCAGCCUCCUAGUCUUCGUUUGGACAUACCUGAUGGCAAACCGAGCUCGCAAGGUUCAUCCCCGACAUCGCCAUUUCCACCUUUUUGCGAACAUGCAGUUUCACCUCGCAGUGUCUCGCGGACGAGGAGUAUUCGGGCAUCGAGCAUUCAAUUACCGCCUCCUAGCCUCUCGCCAGAGUGUGCCUUUCAAAGCUAUGAUUUCGAUAUGGGAGAGGAAGAGGAAGAGGAAAAGCCCCUGUCAUGGUGGCCCUACAAGUAUUUGCCUCCGCCCGAGGUAUUCGCAUCAACCUUGUUUCCAACGCUCUACGCGUGGGGUGAAAAGUCUCUGUGGGAGAAGGUGCUUGGUAUAAUCGCGGCUCCAAGUCUAUUUGUUCUGGCAAUCACACUACCGAUUGUGGAAGCAGAUCGAGAGGACGACGGUGACGCUCAGAUUCAGUGCGAGAGGAGGAGUACUUCUGUACCUGCACAUGCUCCAAGCGUUUUCAUUGAGCGAAGGUCUAUUGCAAUGCAGCCGGAUGAGAGCCCGACCCUAAAUGGGGCUGAUGGGGAGAGGUCGACUUUGCAGGACAACCCACAAAGCGAUCCCAGCCCGCGAGCUGAUCAAGGGAAGAAAGACUCCAAAGCAGCUGCUCUACAGAACAUUGAACGCAUGACUUAUCACCCAAAAUCCCCUGUUCCCCCUGAGUCACCGCCCGCGCCAUCUCCUGUGGAACAAGAGCCGCCUUCGAGUAUCAAGCAGUGGAACCGUUGGCUCAUUUCGAUCCAAGUUUUCACAGCACCUCUCUUUCUUGUCUCCGUGGUUUGGGCCAACGCUGCUUCUGAGCCUUUGAACCCACGCUCCCUGAUCCAACCCAUUCUCUGGACUCUCCUCGCCUCACUCAUCGCACUAGCUCUUUUAUAUAUUUUUACUUCGGCACACAAGGCCCCGCGCUGGCGUUACGCCCUCUGUUUUGUUGGGUUUGCGGUUUCCAUUGCUUGGAUUUCUACUAUUGCGAACGAGGUGGUCGGCGUUUUAAAAGCUUUUGGAGUCAUACUCAACAUAUCCGACGCGAUUUUAGGCUUGACUGUCUUCGCGGUGGGCAAUUCAUUGGGGGAUCUCGUUGCUGAUAUUACCGUUGCCCGGCUUGGAUACCCGGUCAUGGCGCUCUCCGCCUGCUUUGGUGGGCCCAUGCUUAACAUCUUGCUUGGAAUUGGGCUCAGUGGAUUGUACAUGACCAUCCAAGCUGGACGUCACCGCCAUGAGAAGCACCCGCAUCGGCCGGUGAAGUACAAGCCCUACCAGAUUGAAGUCAGCAAUACCUUGUUGAUAUCCGCCGUUAGUCUUCUUGUCACGUUGGUUGGUUUAUUGGUGAUUGUACCCUUGAACAAGUGGAGAUUGGACCGGCGAAUUGGUUGGGGUUUGAUUGCGCUUUGGUGCGCAAGCACAAUAGGGAAUGUGGUUGUUGAGAUUGUCGGUCAAGCCCACUCCCAUUGAUAUUGCAUAUACCUUAUCUUUUUUUGGAAUUGACUGGUUGUUUGGAUAAGUUUUUCUAUACCCGAAAUGUUGGAUUUGGCGGCGUUGAUGGCACUCUGAAACUCUAAUAUGUUAUUCAUCUGCAAGUAGCAUGCCAUG